UGUUGCAAACAGAAGUUGAACUUGUAUCUAGCAACGCAGGUGGAACAAUGAGAACAAUGGAAACUGGAGAGUCUGUUCGCAAGCGAGAGCUGGUGAGGAGGAAUGCAGUCGUCUACGGCCAAGCACAGACAAAAUGAGAGGGGGGUGCGUUGGGCAAGAUUUCGGAGCGAAGGACGUGAGCGUCGGAGAGAUUGUGAUGUUCUUUGCAUUGGAGCUGCAGGACAGGAAGCUGUAGCAGUAAAAACUACAGUAGGGGGAAUUACAGUUAGGGGAAUUGCUGUACUGAAAACUGCAGCAGUGGAAACCGCAGCAGCGGAAACUGGAGCAGCGGAAACUGGAGCAUUGGAAACUGCAGCAGUGGACACUGCAGCAGUGGACACUGCAGCAGUGGAAACUGCAACAGUGGACAAUGCAGGAGCGGAGACUCCAGCAGUGGAAACUGCAGGAGUGGAGACUGCAGCAGUGGAAGCUGCGGACGAGAGCAUCGUGGGGGCGAAGAAGAAACUGGAUGAUACAAGGACCAUCGCAACAUGCGUCGGAACCACUGAGAGAGACGUGUCACAUGUGGAGACGGAGACAAAACAAUUGGCUGCCGUUCUGCAUCAUCCAUCGUUUAAACAAGACCCGUUUGCUGCAAUUCAUCAACACUUGCAGAACACACUGCCGCCACCUCCAACGGCAGACACAAAACCGUCAAAGAAGAGCUCGAAGAAGAAGGGGACGAAGAAGAAACACGGCGGUGGCAAUCUGGGCAUGGACACAAAUUGAGAAGAAUGUGCAGGGGGGGGGGCAUUCAAUGCAUCUGUGUGGCGAUAGUUUACCAAUUGUAUGGAGGGUGCAGGCAAUCGAGCUAGUGUAGGUUCUCUUUGCGCAGAGGUUUGGGCUUGUAGUGGUUCGGGAGCGCGUUGUUCUUCGAAAUGAGGGGAUCUCAGAGGGAUCAAUCAAUAGCUCGUUCCCCGGCCACCCCUCGCGACCUCUUUACGUACAAUAGAUGGUUUGCUGUUUUGAAAUUGAACCCCGAGCUCGUACUCAAGGUGCAGGCAGGGGUUUGAUUUAUGGUGGAGCUUGCCUGGCACGACAAACCAGAGGUGCCGUGUGAAUGUGUUGAAGCAAUAGAAGGAAAACACUUAGGAUGCAAUGCAACCAUCGCCUUUGCCACCGUAACACUGUCAUGUACACAAGGUGACAGCGACGACGCAUGCGCAAUAUGGCACAGGAGAGAGAGAGAGAGAGAGAGAGAGAGAGAGAGAGAGAGAGAGAGAGAGAGAGAGAGAGAGAGAGAGCUAGGUUACGUAUAUUGGCAGUUUUGAGAGGUUGGGGUGAUGCGGAGGUGCAUCAACGGCAUUUACUGUAUGCUCAUGAGUUCUUCCCUUUUUCAUGUCCGUUCUGUUCUAUAUGCUGGUGACCUGUUCAUGAUUUUGCAAUUGAGUUGGAGCCAUGAAUGGA